UGGUGCGCGCGGCCAAUGGGAGAGGAGGCGGGGUUUAGGAAAGAGGAACCAAUAGGAACGGAGAAGGGCAGAUGGGGCGGACGGGAAAGGCCAAUGGGGGUGGAGAGAGGGCGGGGUUUAGGAAAGAGGAACCAAUAGGAACGGAGAAGUGGACCGGAAAGGCCAAUAGGGGGGAGAGAGGGCGUAGCUUAGGGAAGCGCAGCCAAUAGAAGGCGAGCUGGGGGCGGAAGGGAAGAGGCCGGAAGAAGAGGCGGAGCGAGGCCGGUGGGGAAAGAUCCAGAGCGGGGAUUGGCCUCUCGGAGCCAAUGGCGUGGCGGAGAGGGCGGGGCUGAGCGGAGCGCAGCCAAUGGGAGGCGGGGGGCGGGGCUUAGCGGCGCUGUGCGGCCAUGGGGCUCCUGACGAUCCUGAAGAAGAUGCGCGAGCGCGAGAAGGAACUGCGGCUGCUGAUGCUGGGGUUGGACAACGCCGGGAAGACGACGCUGCUGAAGCGUUUCAAUGGCGAAGACGUCAGCGGCGCCGCCCCGACCCUGGGCUUCAACAUCAAAACGCUGCAGCACCGCGGGGUCCUGCAGCGCCUGGCUGGCGCCACCCUGUUGGUGUUGGCCAACAAACAGGACCUGCCUGGAGCGCUGCCGCCCAGCGCCAUCCGCGAGGUGGGAACCGCCCCAUAGCGCCCCAUAGCGCCC